AUGGAUAUAGCAAUAAUGCAACCUGUAAACAAGCGAACAGAGUUAAAUAAAAAGGAUUUCAAGUCGUUAUCUCCCAUCGGAAAUAAUUCAAUACAAAAUAGUUCACGAGAUGGUAACAAUCUUACAGUCCUGACAACCAAUGAAUCACUUCUGAACAUUCCAUCUCAAUUGCUGUCUAUUGAUGAAACUAUACGUCAAUUCAAGCCUACGGUGCCUGUGUUUUGUAUUCGACCAAAAACAAUUCAAGCCACUGUGCAUUAUUUUUUAUCGAAAUUUCCAGGCGAGGUACUCUAUGCAGUGAAAUGCAAUGCAGAGCCAAACAUCUUGAAACUUUUAUGGAGUGCUGGACUUCGUCAUUUUGAUUGUGCAUCAAUAAGUGAAAUUAAAUUAGUUCGUACUCUUUUUCCGUUUGCAAAUAUUCAUUUUAUGCACCCAGUGAAACCUAAAAGUGUGAUAUUCCAAGCGUAUUUUAAUUAUAACGUACGUGAUUAUGCACUCGAUAGUAUAGAAGAAUUGUAUAAAAUCACUGAAGUGACUAAAGACAGAGACGAUCUUGGCCUCAUUGUGCGAAUUCAAGUAGCAGAAAAUAUGGCAUUGCAUGAUUUAUCGCGCAAGUUUGGCGCCAAUGUGACUGACGCUGUCACGAUAUUACGUGAAGCACGAUCGAUUGCUAAACGACUAGGUNCGUGUGACCAACACAUUCCAAGAAGUUCAUCUCGAAAAAUUACCGCAACAGUGGAUUUGUGA